AUGUCAUAUGGUAUGUUCUACUCUUUCAUGCUAACACAUCUAGUCGACGGCGAAUGGGGUGAGGAGUUUGAUCGUAAUUAUCGUUACGUUGUCAUCCAUGAUAUGAUUAGUACAUUGAGGGAAUUUGUUGAUCAUGAGUCUAACAAGGGUCGCCAGAAUUUAAAGGUGUUCGUUGGCGUAACCGUGACCGUUCACCAUCAUCUUGAUGAGAGAAUUUUGUUUGAAGAGUCGUCAAAUAAUAGGAUGGUACCUGCUAGUAAGUCAUCAAUGCAGUUGCUAAAGAGAAUUGAGGUUGAUGGAAGUAUUAUGAUGAAUGAGGACUGUGCGAUUUGUUUAGAAGAGCUUGGAAAGGAGCAGAGAGAAUUGUUGUGCAUGCCUUGCUCACACAUCUUUCAUGGAGAUUGCAUUACAAAAUGGUUAGAGAAUGGUCAUUGUUGCCCCAUUUGCCGCUAUCAAAUGCCAACCAAAUAG